AGACCUUCACCAUGCUUGCCACUGCAGGCUCCCUGGUGGCUAACAUCUGCUCAGCAAUCCAUCUCUGGACUCUCCUGCUGGCUGCUCUCACUACCUAGCUCACUACCUCAAAAACAGUCACCCCCAAGAACUACCCUCCUGGACCAUGGCGCCUGCCAUUUGUGGGCAACUUGUUCCAGUUAGAUUUAGAUUUUUCACGUCUGCAUUUGGGGAUACAACCGGAAUUAUUUCCUCCAGUGGUGAAACAUGGAAGGAACAAAGAAUGUUCACACUGAUGACACUCAAGAAUUUUGGUUUAGGGAAGAAGAGCUUAGAACAGCGCAUACAGGAGGAGGCUCACCAUCUUGUGGAGGCUAUAGGAGAAGAAAAAGGACAGCCUUUUGACCCUCACUUCAGGAUCAACAAGGCAGUUUCCAAUAUCAUUUGUUCCAUCACUAUUGGGAAGCGCUUUGAGUAUGAGGACACUCAGUUUCAGGAGCUACUAAAGUUAAUAGAUGAGACCGUGUGUCUGGAGGCAUCAAAGGUGUUAAUGCUCUACAAUGUCUUUCCAUCCAUAUUUAAAUAUCUUCCUGGACCACAUCAAAAAGUUUUCAGCAACUGGGAAAAAUUGAAAUUAUUUGUUUCCCAUGUGAUGGAGAGUCACCGUAAAGAUUGGAAUCCUGCUGAGCCAAGAGACUUCAUUGAUGCUUUCCUUACAGAAACGACAAAGUACCCAGACAAGACUACAAGUUUUAAUGAAGAAAACCUCAUCUGCAGCACUCUGGACCUCCUCGUUAAUGGAACACUGACACCAUCCACAGCACUGCGCUGGGCUCUGCUCUACAUAACGGUUAACCCUGAAGUGCAAGAAAAAGUACACUCUGAGAUUGACAGAGUGAUUGGCCAUGGUAGACAGCCAAGUAUAGAUGACCGAGACUCCAUGCCCUACACCAAUGCUGUCAUCCAUGAAGUGCUGAGGAUGGGCAACAUUGUCCCCUUGAAUUUUCCCAGGGAAGUAGCAGCUGAUAGCACAUUGGCUGAAUUCCAUCUGCCUAAGGGCACCAUGGUCCUGACCAAUUUGACUGCUCUACAUAGGGACCCCAAAGAGUGGGCCACUCCAGAUGUCUUUAAUCCAGAGCACUUUUUGGAAAAAGGACAUUUUAAGAAGAGACAAUCCUUUCUGCCCUUCUCAGUGGGAAAGAGAGCUUGCCCUGGAGAACAACUGGCCAGAACUGAGCUGUUCAUUUUCUUCUCUGCCCUUAUGCAAAAAUUUACCUUCAAGCCCCCAGUCAAUGAGAAGCUGAGCCUGAAGUUCAGAAUGGGCCUAAACCUUGCCCCAGUCAGCUACCGCAUCUGUGCUCUCCCUAGACAAUGAUGCUGGAGAAGAAAAAAGAAAAAAAGAACAGGAAGACAUGGUGUAUGCCCUGAAGUUUCUGGGACUUGCUCAUAUGAGAGGAGAAAGACAUCACAGAAUGAAGGUAAUUCAAGAAAUACUGAAGAAAUUGAGCUAAAAAAACUGAAUCAAAUUUCUGUAUUCCUGUACCCUCAACUUGGCAGUGGGAAAAUCAUUUAUGAGCUCAGUGAAAUAGCUUUUCAUCUAAAAGUUUCAAGGAGAAGGGUCCUUACCCCCUAUAAAUGCAUUAAAUUGAAUUAAAAAUUAAAAUUUCAAACUAAAUUUUUAUUAACAAAAUUUAAAUUUGCUAAGUUCAUCAUGAGUCACAUGUAGUGUACCAUCACUGUGCCUAGUUCUUAUUUUUAUACAAUUGUAUUUGUUUCUGGUCUAUUGAAAUGUCAGCCUAAAACGGUACAAAGAGAGAAUAUAAGAAUCAGAACUCAGUUUCUGAUUGUAUCCACAGAAAUAGACCAUACUCUCUCAUCUGACAGAUCUUUCAAUAACUUAUGUAGUUCUACUUCCAAGUCGUAUUAGGAACCAGCAGAGCAGGCAUCCCUACAUGUAGGUAGAUAAAGUGAGUGGAAAAAAAUCAGUUUCAUUUUUUAAUUU